AGUUCGAGAUCAGGGRCAUCGAGUYCACUGAAGCACAACAYCCCACUGGAUAAAUAUUUCCAUUUAMUWUUGGUCUAUUUCAAGACAAAACAAUACAAACAAGAAAAUAAAAUAGAAGAUAAAAUACACAAUCGGUGUUUCAUUUACUCUUCUAGACCAUGAAUGUGCGCUUCAAAUGAAUAUUGCAAUUUUUGGCUGAGAAGUGUUGAUUAUCUUCACACMAAAAUAUAUCCACCAAAUUAGGUAACUGUUUAAUAUUGCGCGUUUAGUAAACUUUCGUAAAACUACUUUAAGCUAAGAUACUGAUGAACGAAGAAAAGGUAAGAAAGACAAGCAUUUGAGGAAUUCCGAUCUCCUCAUCGAAAAACCAAGCAUGCAUAAGCAAACCAGUGUUGAAAUACUGGAAUUAUUCACCCGAAAAGGUUGACAUGAACGCAUGAGAACGCAGGCCAAACAGCAGUGAUUUCAAAAGCUUGCUUGGGUGAAUAGGUUAUAAGAAGAAAAACGCCUUUUCUCUUGUGUUCACUGAAAACUCACUGGACAAGAAUUCAGUUGGUUGAUCAGGUUAUCCUCUUGUGAAAAACGCCUGCUCACAAAGUGAAGAUGAAGAUCGAUCCCAAACAAAGCCUAAUGGAGAUCACUUCUGCAAGCCUUCAACAAGAAUUAUGUUCAUCACAGUUUCAAGCCAGUCCACCGCCAAGACCAAAUCAACGUGCACGUGGAAGCGAAGGAACGCCAAAAUGCUGGUACUGCAAAGGUGAAGAAGACGAGACUAUUGACCAUUUUUUUCUGUCUUGUGCAAAGUUCAACGAAAUACGCGCAUCUCUAUUAAUCCAACUGAAAGAACAACUCGAAGCGCUCGGCGACCAAGGAAUGCACGCGUGGCUAUCAUUUGAACGAGGAUCAGUUGUCCUACAGUCGCAGAUUAUUCUCGGCGUGCUGAGCUUUGGUGGAGUUGUGGAUGACGUCAUUGACAAGUUUCGAAACCAAUAUGUAGCUAAAGCAUGGAACGAACGAAUCGUCAUCUAAUGUUUUCAGUCCAGUGGUUUAUACCCACAACAACCAAAAAUCUUAUACACKUACAAAGAUGAGUUGAGGUUAAGAGUGCAAUAGUGUAGAAAGUCCGGUGGGUUGAUCUAAUUAGUACGAAAACUCUAGGACACACCAAAAAGAAAGAAAGAAAGAAGAAGCUAAAAAGCGCUGAUUUCAGUUCCGAUUGUUAACACGUUAGAAUAAGAAGGUUGAUGACCCAAAUUCUUUCUGGAAACAAGUAGAAUCAAAAUAAUGAAGAAUCAACCAGAAUGCCGACUUUGAGAAAAAAAAAAUAUUGUGAAUAGAAGAUGCUAUAUCCCAAUAAAUGAUUCAAAUCAUUCAAUGCAAACAGAGAACACAAAAGACAAUUUAAACAAUCGCAAAGGGACGCAGAUGUCUAGCAAAAUGGCCGAUAAAAGAAUUAUAACAAGCUGUCUGAAAUAGUCAGCAUGAACAUUGACAUUAUAUUAYAUUGAUUCAAUAAAAUUACUUUUCUAAA